GCCGUGUGUCAAAGUCACCCGAGUAGGACGAAUUGCAUAUCGGGUAGAUAUACAUAUAUACAUGUAGUGCCGGUAUACAUGGUGUGCAUAGUGGACGUGUUGUCUGGGUGAUUCGUUUAGUAUUUCUAGAACAGUGUGAUUAACCAUUUCUCAGGAAAAUACAGACAUUGUGACAAGCACUAUUCUCAUCAAAGAGGUGUGUCAUAUGCUAAUUCAUACACCACCUUCAGAAACAGUACCGAAAUGGCGUCGCCACUGAACUUCACUGCGGCAGCUACCGGUGGCGAUUUCGAAAUGAUACGCAUGGAUAGAGAUAAUGGCCAUAUCCUAUUGGAUGAGACAGUUGGUCUUAAAGAUGAAAAAGUUGAGAAAAUGUCCUGCCGAAGAAUGUGUUCUUUUUUUACUAUCAUUCCAAUGGUUUUAGGAGUUAUCGCCCUUGUGAUCGUCGGGAUAUUAUAUCUACCGGAACCAACCAAUCCUCCACCGCCAAAAAUUCUCGAACCAUUGCCAUUCUGUGAUGGAUCUAUUUCCCCAAGUGCUUCCGCUUCUGCAGAGUCACAAUGUCCACAAGUCGCAGCCAGUGUUGCCUUUGACGUUUCCAAAGUCAGAUUAUCCUUUCCUGGAAACAAAACAAUAGUUAAUGCAAGUGUUCAUCUACGGAAUUCCAUCAACAUCACUUUGGCCGGAUUAUGGACUAUCAGUUGGUCAUCGGAUACACAAAAACUGACGGUGUCACCAAUUCUGGGAGCUUUGACUUGUAACAUGGAAGGGGUAUAUCUUUUUGAAUAUCUCAACAGUUCAAACGGCCUUGAAUACUACCAGACAUUCUCACUUACGUAUUUAGGUAAUUUGGAGGAUGUGCGCGUAUCUGUUCAACCAUAUUUGGGAGCAAAUGGCGUUAGCAAAUCAGUAUAUCUCUCGUGUUCUAUGAAAACUGGAUGUCACCAUGGUGUUAUCGUACCGGAACUUAAAAAGGGAGAAGAUACUUUAUUUCUUGAUGAUGUAUCUUGUACCUACACAUUCAAUAUUUCUGAAGGAGGAGAGGUUGUUUGUACAACGGUUAUCGACGCAGAUGUUUGGGUUUCAAAAGAUGAAGUCAUAUGUUCCCUGAAGCCAGAUGACGGGGUGCACCAACUAGUCCAGGAUGGACGACUGAACACUAGUAGCGCUGAUCUCACAAAUUAUUGUUCUGCGGUAUCCUUCACGAUCGGCAAGCCUGGGUACAUCAACUGCAAGAAGAGAAUACAUGGAGAUGUGAAUAUCGCUCUGGAGAGGAAGGGUUACUACUUUGGUGACUGGACAACGUUGUUGACCAUUUCUGGCGAAGGAAGCGGGAAAGCCCUCAAUGAUCGCCUAAUGUUUACUGCAAUGAAAAAUGGAGAUAUUAUGGAGAUCAAUAUUACUAUAUCGGAGGUCCAUUGCGGUGAUAAAGGACAUCUGGCCUUAAACUAUUCAGACGGCUCGCGCACCAACAUCGAAGUCAAUGCCAUAUCAGAGGUGCCAUCAAGUUGUUCCGGAUCUGAGAAUAGAUCACUUCACGCUGACAACAACUUUAUAAUAUUCUGCGCAUGGUGUCCUGGUCAUGACGUCGAAGAAGUUCUCGUGAACCAUACCAAGACGGAAAACGGCGUUGGAACAAUGCUACCAUCGUUUCCAAUCACAUUUUAUGUGGAUUCUAAGACGGAACAUAAAGAACAGAAUUUGACAAUAAAAUUUACCCAGCAGUAUGGUGUGAUGAGAGUGGAUAUCACCCGAUUAAAAGGAGUUGGCUGUAACUAUGGAGGCGAUUACUCCAUAACUCUCCGCUCACCACGAGGGUCGUCAAACAGAAACAUACAUGUUAACAUCACAAUCCCCCAAAGUCUGUAUACGUAUUCCAUGACCGACACUCCUGUGAUAGCCGGAAGAGAUCUAGAUGUUGAAUUCAAGGGAUUCAUGGGUUGUUCUGUGUCUAAUGUCAUUGCAAAGCAGGACGGUGUUUCACUUCUGGCGAGCGCAGUGACGGUUGCUGACGAGGACAUCAGGGAUGCACUAGCGUUCAAGAUCGUUUGGUCAUAUAAACCGGUGGAGCUUGCCUUACAUACCACAGUUAUCAAUGCAUCCAUGUCAUUUCUUCCACUGGGAGAUACAACUCGUAGUUACACUGAAUCUAAGAGGUUUGAUGUACUAGAAGAUUCCUAUUGUGAUAACUUUGCAUCGUGUAACGUCGCACACCCGUCCGUCUUCGGCCUGUACAUUGCGUGUAACUCUGCUAGUCUUAUUCAAGCAGUGAACAAAUGUCCAGCUGGCCUGAGUCUUAUCUACCCGGAUCCAAACAACUGCUUAGGACAAUGUGGAUAACGUACAUGUGUUUAUUCGAGUGACCACUUUUCGCAGUAUCAUUAUUUUAGGUUGUUUUUUUAACGUUAUUCACCCGUUUAACCAUACCCUAUAUUUUUGUGGAACGCUAGCGGUACCAUAUAUAUUGAGCACAAUUGUCAACCUGGAUUAUUUCCAGAUCCAGCCAACUGCCUAGGACACAUGAAAUAUAGUGAUUUGAAUUGAAUGUUUGUUUUUAAAUUUUGUUGUUGUUGUUAAAUCAAAAAUCAAGAGCACUUCUUUCACUUAAUGCUUAGCUGAAUGUGCUACUUGUGUGUUUCUGAUAUUGAAGCUGAAAUUUCAGUUUUGUUUAGUGUUCAAGUCGAAUAUAGCGUGUAAUAUAUCUUAACUAAUACAUCUAGAACCCUUAAAAUAAUGUACUCCUCUAGAUCCCAAAAUACAUCGAUUCUAUGAGUAGGCUUCGGAAAGAACAAACACGUACACAUAUAUUAUUACUUUUUGGGCACAGUUGAGAUAGAAUGCCUUAUAUAUCUUGUUAAUGAAAUCCAGUUACAGAUAUAUUUUCUUCUGAAAACUUUAUGUAUUUAUUUAUUUGUGGUUAAAGUUUCCAUAGUUGUAAAAAUGUUCAAUGUAUAUAUGUAAGUAAAUACUACUUUCGAUUAGUGAUUUAUAUUUUUUUUAUGAAUGUACAUUUAUUGUAAACUCGUCAUUGUUUUACUACACGAAAUUGACCAAUCAUAUUUCGACCCAUCCAUCUUCCCUUAAUGACAAUCGUGUUGACAAGCAUAUAAUAAUAUUUUGAGUUGUCAAAUUAAUAUAAAUACUUAAAAUGAAAUACACGAGGGAUUCCUUACCUAAUGCACUCAAAACAAAGGCAAAACACAUGAGAAGUGUUGCGUUUAUUGCAUGAUAUCACUUUCCCUUAGCAUUGGUUUAGAUAUUGGUAGUGCAAGUUAAACAGGGUACAGUAUGUUGGUUGACUAGGAAGUAACGUUGGUUAGGACUGAAAUAUAAUGACCUGAGGUCAAGGGUUCGAUAUCCUGGUCUGACCCUUUUGGUAUUUUUUAUACUGGGAAAACUGUUGUUGAAUGUUUAUGCUUAUUUCACCUUUAUCAUUUAUCAUGAGAGUUCCAAAAUGUAUGGCUUUCAUUUCAUAAAUGAUUAAGCAAGCUACAUAAAGUCAUACAAGAAAACAAGUUUUAAAAUGAAAAUUGAGUUUUUGGCAGUGGCGUUGGAAUCUCUUAAUUGAAUACAAUGUUUAUGGUACAUGUAUACACAUUGUUCUCGUGUUUUAUUUUUGUAAAGUGCAGAGUAACAUUUUUUUUUAGUUUUAUUCCAUUUUUUUCUGAUACAUUAAGAAUCAAUAUUUGAUAUCACUCAUGGCUCGUUCGCUUCAUUUCUCCCUGAUCAUCAUAAUGCAACUGAAAUUCUGGGAAGAAUAUGCUUGAUUUGUUGUUUAAAUAUCUGUAGAUCGAGGUUAUAAUUAGAUAUAUGAAAAGUGAUCAAUAUCUUAUUUCAUUAUUAACAUUAUAUCCGAUAUGAUAAAAUAUACUACAGUAUACAGAGUUUCCUUUGCUUCCCCCUUUUUAAUAUAUCCGUAAUUAACGGAUAUUUUCAUACAUGUAUAUAGUGCUAUUUCGUAAAAGACAAAGAGAAACAUUUCGCGGAAAAUUGGUCAGAGUUUAAACUUUGGCUUUGGACGGGUUUGCACCGAAGACUAUUUAUAUCAUAGAAUGUAUCAUUGUGUUUUACCAAAUGACAUAUAAAUGAACAAUGCCACGCAUGAUACAUUAAAUAUAAAAGGACGGUAUAGAUGUAUAAAAUUGAAAUUGAUAAAUAUGAAUAUUUUUGUUAUAAGUAUACAUUUUUAAUGAAACGUUUACAGACAAACAUAGAAAGGAAUAAAUUUAUUGACGGAUUGAUAUUUGAAAUAUUCCCGGACACUGUAUUCUGAAUAUUUUAAGAAAUAUUUCAUUCUUAUAACCUCGUACCAAUGACAAAUGUAUCAUGCUUGGUUACUAACUUAUGUUUUAUUAUUAUUUGUAUUGGAAAUAUGAAACCAUAACAUAUUUUUGAUGUCGAAUCGACAAAAUGAACAUUGACUGCUCUUUUCAGAGGGUAUCGGCUCGGAAAACGUCACAUCUUUUGUUGCGCAAUCCAUUGAUAAUAGAUCCCACAAUCAACAGAUCCCCAGCAUAUAUUUAGUGGACCUUGAGGAAUAAAAUAUUGCAAAACGAUGGCAAAAAAUUAAUGCUUUGCGUUUUUGGAAGUUUGGUAGGUUUUUGUAAAAAUAUUGAUGUUAAAUUUUACCAAAUAUUACAGCUUUAUAGAUACUUUACGGGUAUCAUGUUUAAUAUUUUCCCCAAUCAACUGAAGGACGAAUUAGAUUCCAAGUAUGUGGUGCAUAUCGACAAAGGAUGUCAUUCAUCUCUGGUAACUGAACUGGUGUAUUCCUAAUUUCUUUUAGAAUAAAACGGCUCUUGAAGUGGAUAAGUUUACCAAGACCUACAAUACUGAGGUGGCCUAGUAAGAUGAGAGAAUGUAGAAUGUUAAAGCCGAACUAUUUUGUCGCCAAAGCGUCCUGCUUCCUUACUGAGGUUUGGCACGGAAAAAUGUGUGUUUUAUGACACGUUUUGAGCUUCCAUGUAUAUUAUGAUUCACCGUCAGUGUUUUUAUCAAAACAAUGUAGAAUAUUUUUCUCAUUUAUAUUAAAUAAUAUGUAAGACGACGGGUUAUGUAUACCACAAAUCAAUCAAUGAAGCACUGUCCAGUAUUUUCCAGAAGCGUGCGGUUGGCUUAAUGUCAUUUUAAAAAUAAAAAUACUUCUUAGGCAAUAAGUAAUUAAUCUUACAGCACCAUGCAAAAAGUAUUCAUAAUUGUCCAUUUAACUCGAUAUUGCAUUAAUUUUUUUUUGUUUAAUUACGCCAUUGCCCAAAAAUGCAUCUGAUAGAAAAACCGAACUACAAGAUUUCUGUUAAAGCAAUAUUUAUAUGAGCUUUCGUCAGAUGAAGUGUAAUACACCAUGGGUUAGUUUAAUAGGUUUUCUGUGACUCAUCAGUGACUAUGAUUAUGGACAGUUGCAAGGGAGUUUAUCAUAGAGUGAUCACAUUCAGUAUUAACAGUGAUUUAUUCUAUUUUUGUUAAUUGUAAUUUGCUAUAUAAUAAAAGAUGAUAAAACGAUA